CAAUUCCAGAGACACACAGGGACCUCAGAACAAAGAUAAGGCAUCGCUGACACCACACGGGGGACAAGCUCACGGGAAAGUCAGGCCGCGGGGACCGAAGCCAGGCAGCCAGGAGCACCCCAGGCAGGAAAAUGAGGUGGCUCCUUCUCUGUCAUGCUCUGUGCCUCUCCUUGUUGAAAGCUUCGGCCCAUACCGUGGAGCUUAACAAUAUGUUUGGCCAGAUUCAGUCACCUGGCUAUCCAGACUCCUAUCCAAGUGAUUCAGAGGUGACUUGGAAUAUCACUGUCCCAGAGGGAUUUCGGAUCAAGCUUUACUUCAUGCACUUCAACUUGGAAUCCUCCUACCUUUGUGAAUAUGACUAUGUGAAGGUAGAAACAGAAGAGCAGGUGUUGGCAACCUUCUGUGGCCGGGAGACUACAGACACAGAGCAGACCCCCGGCCAGGAAGUCGUGUUCUCCCCUGGCUCCUUCAUGUCCAUCACUUUCCGGUCGGAUUUCUCCAAUGAGGAGCGAUUCACGGGCUUUGAUGCCCACUACAUGGCCGUGGAUGUGGAUGAGUGCACCGAGCGGGAGGACGAGGAGCUGUCCUGUGACCACUACUGCCAUAACUACAUCGGCGGCUACUAUUGCUCCUGCCGCUUUGGCUACCUCCUCCACACAGACAACAGGACCUGCCGAGUGGAAUGCAGUGACAACCUCUUUACCCAGAGGACCGGCGUGAUCACCAGCCCGGACUUCCCCAACCCUUAUCCUAAGAGCUCAGAAUGCUUCUACACGAUAGAGUUAGAGGAGGGUUUCAUGGUCAGUCUGCAGUUCGAGGACAUUUUCGACAUUGAGGAUCAUCCCGAGGUGUCCUGUCCCUAUGACUACAUCAAGAUUAAAGCUGGUCCAAAAGUUUUGGGGCCCUUCUGUGGAGAGAGAGCACCAGAACCCAUCAAUACCCAGAGCCACAGCGUCCAGAUCCUAUUCCGCAGCGACAACUCAGGGGAGAACCGGGGCUGGAGGCUCUCAUACAGGGCGACAGGGAACGAGUGCCCAGAGCCAGAGCCUCCUGUCCACGGGAAAAUCGAGCCCCUGCAAACCACGUAUUCCUUCAAAGACCAGGUGCUCAUCAGCUGUGACGCAGGCUACAAAGUGCUGAAGGAUAAUGUGGAGAUGGAUACAUUCCAGAUUGAGUGUCUGAAGGAUGGGACGUGGAGUAACAGGAUUCCCACCUGUAAAAUUGCAGACUGUGGAGCCCCAGCAGAGCUGAAACAUGGGCUGAUCACCUUCUCCACCAGGAACAACCUUACCACAUAUAAAUCUGAGAUCCAGUACUCCUGCCAACAGCCGUACUAUAAGAUGCUCCACAAUAUCACAGGUAUAUAUACCUGUUCCGCCCAAGGAGUCUGGAUGAAUGAAGUACUGGGGAGAAGCCAGCCCACAUGCCUGCCAGUGUGUGGUCAGCCCUCCCGCUCACUGCCAAACCUGGUCAAGAGGAUCAUCGGGGGCCGGAAUGCUGAGCCUGGCCUCUUUCCAUGGCAGGCCCUGAUCGUGGUGGAGGAUACCUCGAGGGUGCCAAAUGACAAGUGGUUUGGGAGUGGGGCCCUGCUCUCCGAGUCCUGGAUCCUCACAGCAGCCCACGUGCUGCGCUCCCAGCGAAGAGACAACACAGUAAUACCGGUCUCCAAGGAGCACGUCACCGUCUACCUGGGCCUGCAUGACGUGCGGGACAAAUCAGGGGCUGUCAACAGCUCUGCGGCACAGGUGGUGCUCCACCCAGACUUCAACAUCCAGAACUACAACCAUGACAUAGCUCUGGUGCAGCUGCGGGAGCCCGUGCCCCUGGGGCCCCACGUCAUGCCCAUCUGCCUGCCAAGUCCUGAGCCCGAAGGCCCAGAGCCCCAUAUGCUGGGCUUGGUAGCUGGCUGGGGUAUCUCCAAUCCUAAUGUGACCGUGGAUGAGAUCAUCAGCAGUGGCACGCGGACCUUGUCAGAUGUCCUGCAGUAUGUCAAGUUACCUGUGGUGCCGUAUGCAGAGUGCAAAACCAGCUACGAGUCCCGGUCGGGGAACUACAGUGUCACAGAGAACAUGUUCUGUGCCGGCUACUUCGAGGGUGGCAAGGACACAUGCCUCGGAGACAGUGGUGGGGCCUUUGUCAUUCUGGAUGACUUGAGCCAGCGCUGGGUGGCCCAAGGCCUGGUGUCCUGGGGGGGCCCUGAAGAAUGUGGCAGCAAGCAGGUCUAUGGGGUCUACACGAAGGUCUCCAACUAUGUGGACUGGGUGUGGGAGCAGAUGGGCUCCCCACAAGGUCUGGGAGAGCUCCAGGUGGAACGGUGAGCUGACCGACGUCCUCAGGGCCGGCCUGCCCUCCCCCAGCCUGAGUGAGGCUGUACGCGCACUUCCGACGGCACACUCCAAGUUACUCACCAGACCAAACGGAAUGGAACCCUUCCUCCCAAGACAGCCCCCGGGGCUCUGAGAGGCAACAGUGUGGUACAGGAAAAGGCUGUAUGCAAGAGGCCUGGGUCCACGGCCCUGAGCGAGCCCCUUCCCUUCUGUAGGCCUCACUCUCCCCUGCAGUACAAUGAGGGAACUAGCCCUCUGGCUAAUCCCAGCACUCCUCUCCAGAAGGGCCUGACCCCGGUGGCCUUAUGCACUCCUACUCACUUACCAAACCCUUCGGUCCCACUGUUGGUGUGCCUGAGCUUGGACCUGAUUGUUAGAAAACCAUCCCUUAUGUUGAGCUGAACACUGAGUCCAUCUAUUUUCUCAAAUUGGCCCUCGGCACAGACGAGUCUAGUCCCUUUUAGGGGGAAAGCACUCAGGCUUGAGGAGACAGGGGUCAGACCCCCAAGGCCCUGUCUCCUAGUGUGAUGUCUUGGGGUACUUUCAUCCCUUGGAUUUCUCUCCCAAAAGUUUCUUGUAAUCCAAGCCUUAUCCCUGUGUUCUCUAUUAAAGGAAAUCUCUCUAUUAAAGGACAAAGAGAAAGCUGGAAAGCUUUGUGGUGACUAAGGGGAGGAGAAUAUCAGUGGGAGGCUCCCCAUCCCUGAGAACUUCCAUUGUUGAUUUUGAACACAUCAUUUAGACUCAUGUGUCAUUCUCCAGUACCAGCUGACAACACAGGUGUCCACACCUGCAACUCCAGACAAGCAUGAAGCAAACUUCCAGCUCUGAAGGAUAUCAUCUGAAAAGGCCACCUGAGCCCCAGUCCCAGGAACAGAGACUCAACUGGAUUGCCUGGAAAAAGAGAAGGCCCACACCGUGCCCCACUGUGUGUGCUUCUAGGCAGGAAAAUGGAAGAAGGAGUGGGCUCAGGACAUUAGGUGUAACUUGAUCCCGCCAGAUCAUCUGGUGUGCCCGCAGUCUGAGCUCUUCAGAGAACCCACCUGGCAUGGAUGUUCACAGAGAUCCAGAUCCACUCCUUGGGUUUCCAGCAGCCAGACAAGGGAAGCAGAGACUUGCCCGUAAAAGACAGUGAAAAGAGAUAAAGCCAAGAGUGCUGAGUUCUAGCCUCAGCUCUGCCCCUAACUGGCUGUCUAACCUCUCACAAAUCACUUUUCCUUUGUGGGCCUCAGUUUCCCCAUCUGUAAAAGGAAGACAUUAGAUCCCCCUCAGGGUCCUUCUGACUCUAGCAUUUAGUCUUCUGAUUGCCCGCAGGCUCUCCCUGAGCCUCACAGGGUUGAUUGUGUUCCUUCUCCCCAGAGCUUGCUCUUCUGGGAUUUCUCCAUCAGAGCGAGGCAGCCAGAGAAGUCCCUGAGAGGGAUUCCAAGAGAACAAUUGGGAAGUGUCCACUUUUCCAACCGGUUCAUGAAAGCACACUCCUAUGUAGAGGGUGCUAUAUUUUGUAUAUUUUAUAUCACAAGCUUCACUACUCUGCAAGGCACCUCUGCACUCUGUUUCUCCUGUCAGGGGUCUAAAGUGGAAAUAAACUUCCUGUGGAUAACCAACAGCCUUCAUUCUGGGGUUUGAUGAUUGUUGACGCUUGUUUAUUUUUGGCUUUUUGAAGAGAGACUGGCCCCUCAUUAAGCUACUCUCUCUCCCAUUACAGAAAAGGUACAGCUUUUGUCAUCUGGACCUCAUUCAAGAAGGAGUAAUGAAGAAUGGAGUCGGUUAUGGACAUGUGUCCCUCUAGGCUGUGCACGCCUUCACUGAAGUGCCUGCCAAUUAAGUUCUUGACUUCAAAGAGUCCAAACUAGCAUGCAAGACAGGGUCUCAUGCAUCUAGGUCUCACACAGGUGAAAGGCGUCAAGUGUCAUAAGAGAAGUAGAGAUUGCAGCACUGUGGGAGCUUAAAGGCAGGAGAGAGUCACAGGGCUGAAGGGGAUCUGGAGAGCUUUGCAAAAAGGCUGCAAAGAAUGCACCAGGAGAGAUGGGCCAGGGUGGAUGAAGAUCAAGCCGGGAAGCGGGCGUGAGUGGAGCGGGAGCAUGGGGAAUCCGGGAGAGUGGAAGGAGUCUCGAAGGCUAUACUAUGUUUGUGCUGUCCUAUGACCAGUGAUUCUCUAAGUGGGAGUAUAUCAGAAUCACCUGGAGUGCUCGUUAGAAAUGCAGGGUCUCAUCGACAGGGAAUUCUGAAUGCGUAGACCUGAGGGUGGGCAGCAGGGUGUGGGAAGUGGAGGGAAGCACUCUGGAGAGAGAUGGUGAAAACCCACCAGACCUAGGGCUAAGCUGGUGCAGAUGUAGAUGCGGGAGGAGUUUAAAACAUCCAAGUAGUGUAUUCAGCAGGGCUUGGUGUAUAGGAAUCCUAUGAAAUGGUGCAGGCAUGGAGCGGGGUCAGGUGCAUAGCUAACCUGUUAGCGAGGCUUCUCCAUGGAUGCACUCAUGGUUUGCCUUUGUUUGGGGUUUGUAUCAUAAUGAAAACAUCAUGUUUUUUACACUAUUGAGAACUAAAAGAAUCUUAAAUUGUGCUUGAUGUUUUACAUGUAACUGGUCUUGAGGAUUAUCUGUUUUGGAUUCUACUAAAAAUUUCAAAUUUUUCCUUUCCUCUAGAUAUUUAUGUUGUGAUGUACUGAGAUACUGAGGUACCAUGAGGUUACAUGGAAAGCACUCUGUGACAUGGCAUGGAGGAAACACAUUACUCUCUGCUUCUCCUAGUGAUUUUUUACAAACUUAGGGGCUGAUUGAAUAUGGGGGCUGAAGGAAAUGGAGGAAACCGGGAUGCCGUCUAUGUGGGCAUUAACAGACAUUUGGAAUGUCAGAGGGGAGGAGGUCAUGAGCAAUCCAGCUGGAGAUGUAAGGAAGGAAUAGCAAGAAAGGAAUGGCUCAGAGGCCAGAGCAGGUCAGAGACACGGAUCUGAAAUCCAUCAGGGUAUAGGAUAGGUGGUAGGGUGCCACGGGAGGAGACUGGUAUUAUCUACCAUGAGUGUACAGAAGAGUGGACAAAGGACCGAUCGAGGGGACCCCAGCAUGGAAGGCAUGGAGAGAAGAGAAACCUCAAGAAAGAGACCAAAAAGGGGUCGGAAACACAGGAAGAGAAGUGCUUCAGAAGCCACGGAGGGAGCAUGAGGAGGGAUAAAGUAGUCAAGAGAACC